UCCAGGUCCGACAAGCUAGCUUUUAGUAAAUUUCUUGUGCAAUCAUCUUGUGCAUCACUGUUAGUAGGACUAGCUAGAUUUUCCCCUCAAGAAAGUUAAAGACCUUGCGCUUCAAGCAUAGACCGAUCUCCUUUCCUUGAUAUAUAUAAUUACAGUUUCCAAGCUGUGCUUACUUAGAUCACCAACAUAACCUUUACACACUUCUGCUUCUUCGAUCUCUUAGUUAUCGAUCAAUGGAGGACAUACUGCUAGCAGCUACAGCUCAACCGGGCUCCCUCUAUUUUCUAGGACUGUUCCAACCCUUGUUGAAGCUCUGGACCAAAACCAAAAAUUACCUAAACUAUUCUGAGCCUCAAGUACUACUACCAACCCCUGAUCAGCCCCUGCAAUGCAACAAAGGACAAGACGAAACGUUGCUAGGCAAAGAAGAAGUGAAGAUGGUGAUGGGAAGGCUCGGACUAUGCUACGAAGAUGAGGGAGAUGAUGUUAUUACUAAUGAAGACAUGGUUGGGGCAGAGUUGGUUUCAAGAGUAUUUAAUGAGGCGGAGCCAAGCUUGGAGGAGGUAAAGGAAGCCUUUGAUGUGUUUGAUGAGAACAGAGAUGGACUUAUAGGCGCAGCUGAUUUGCAGAGAGUUUUGUGCAAUUUGGGUUUGAAGGGGAAGUUUGGAUUGGAGGAAUGCCAGAGGAUGAUCAAGGCAGUGGACAUGAACCAAGAUGGACUAGUUGAUUUUGAAGAGUUCGUCAAACACAUGGACAACUGCUUUUAAUGACUUUGAUGAGCACUUAUAUUGAAG